CGUGGUAGUGUAACUCCGGUUGGUAUUUAUACUAGAUUGGAUCACUGUCAAUGUCAUUCUCAAUUUCUCAUUCAUACCUACCGAUACCGGAAAUGCUCGCCGGAGCUGAACCCUCGAGACCCAUUCCCAACCUCCCCUAGAUGAAGACUUCACCACAAACCUCUCAUGGUUUCACUCUGCAAUGCCCUCUCUCUCCUCCCCAUCUCUGACUCUGCCGCCCAAACCUAACAAACACCUCCUCCCCAACAAGCACAACAAGCCUUCCUGCCUCGUCCAAUCCAUCCUCAACCUCUGCUCCCAAGGUCAGCUCUCCCAAGCCGUCUCCUCCCUUGACCUCUUAUUCCGAAAAGGUAUUCGCUUGCCCACCAAGUCUCUCGCUUUUCUACUGCAGCACUGUGGAGACGCUCGGUCCCUCAGAGAAGGCAAAUGGGUUCACUUGUAUUUGAGGCUGUCCGGAUUCAAACGGCCGCCUUUGCUUUUGGCUAACCAUUUGAUUGGGAUGUACUUCAAAUGCGGCGAUGAGGUUGAUGCACGCAAGGUGUUUGAUAAAAUGUUUGUGAGGAAUUUGUACUCGUGGAACAAUAUGUUAUCUGGGCAUGUGAAGAUGAGGAAUCUGAAGGAGGCCCGGAGCUUGUUUGAUAAAAUGCCUGAGAGGGAUGUUGUGUCCUGGAACACCAUGGUGAUUGGUUAUGCCCAGAGUGGGGAUUGUAAUGAGGCUUUGAGGUUUUAUAGAGAGUUGCGGAGGUCGCCGGUUGGGUUGAAUGAGUUUAGUUUUGCAGGUGUUUUGACUGUGUGUGUGAAGAUGAGGGAAUGGAAGCUUAUUAGGCAGGCUCAUGGGCAGGUUUUGGUUGCUGGGUUUUUGUCGAAUGUGGUGCUUUCGAGUUCGGUGGUGGAUGCUUAUGCCAAGUGUGGAGAGAUGGUAGAUGCUAGGAGAUUGUUCGAUGAGAUGGCCGUGAGGGAUGUUCUUGCUUGGACCACACUGGUUUCGGGAUAUGCCAAAUGGGGUGAUAUGAAAUCAGCUAGCGAGUUGUUUGAUCGGAUGCCUGAGAAGAACCCGGUGUCAUGGACAUCUAUGAUUUCGGGGUAUGCUAGGAAUGGAUUGGGGCAUGAAGCGCUUGCAUUGUUUGCAGAGAUGAUGCUGUUUCAAGUCAGGCCUGAUCAGUUUACCUUUAGUAGUUGCCUUUGUGCUUGUGCUAGUAUAGCUUCGCUUAAGCAUGGUAAACAAAUUCAUGCCUCUUUAAUACGAAAUAAUUUAAGACCCAACAUGAUUGUUGUGAGUUCUCUUAUCGACAUGUAUUCCAAAUGCGGCAGUUUGGGGGCCGGAAGGCAGGUUUUCAAGCUCAUGGGUGAUAAGCAAGACAUCGUGUUAUGGAACACAAUGAUGUCUGCCUUAGCACAGCAUGGUCAUGGUAUAGAGGCAUUGCAGAUGUUUGAAGACAUGGUCAGUUCAGGUGUAAAGCCGGUUACGACCACCUUUGUUGUCAUUCUCAAUGCUUGUAGUCAUUCUGGUCUAGUGCAGGAAGGGCGUAGGAUUUUCAAGUCCAUGACUGAUGAUUAUGGCAUUGUUCCUGAUGAGGAACAUUAUGCAUGCUUAAUUGAUCUCUUGGGUCGAGCUGGAUGUUUUGAUGAGUUGAUGAACCAGCUCGAAAAUAUGCCAUGUAAAGCUGGCGGUCAAGUUUGGAAUGCAUUACUUGGUGUUUGUAGAAUCCAUGGAAAUACAGAGCUGGGAAGAAAAGUGGCCGAACACCUUAUUGAGUUGGAGCCUCAAUCUUCUGCUCCCUAUGUUUUGCUUUCGAGUAUAUAUGCUGAAGAAGGUAGAUGGGAGCUGGUAGAGAAGGUGAGACGGCUUAUGGAUGAGAGACAUGUGAGGAAAGAGCGGGCCAUUAGUUGGGUAGAAGUUGAAAGUAGAGUGCAUGCUUUCACUGUAUCAGACCGGCUGCAUCCUCUGCAAGAGGAAAUAUACUCAGUUUUGAAACAGUUAGCUGACCAGAUGGAUGAAGAUGCUUCAGUAACUAACGCCGAGAACUAGAAGUUUGAUGACUUGUUAAUUUGCAGGGUGGUAAGGAGAGCAAGGGAUAGUAUUUAUCCAUUCAAAUUUCAAAAUUUUGUAACAUGAUAUUCUUAAGCUACAAUUUCAGAUUCUUUAGAAUGAAAUACAUGUGAUGUUUUCCCAAUAAUAAAAGAGAA